UUUAAAAUCUCUUCGUCGUGCCAUUAUAGCUCCCCGUAACAGUAACUACUCCACCCGCGAUAACACGAGAGAUUCGACACCCAACGCCCCAUCCACCGUCGUAGGACUUGUAGCUGCAACACCCUCCACACCCGGACAGUAUCUCGCAGAAAGAUUUCUGCUAUGGAUAAUCCCGUUCUGAUUCAGGAAGGCCCAACAACAAAGACCCCUCUAUUUCUCGUCCAUGACGGAGGCGGCACAGUCUAUCCAUAUUUUCUUCUGAACGAACUAGAACGCAACGUAUGGGGCAUCUCUAAUCCUAGAUUCAAAAGUCAUCAAAACUGGACGGGAGGGCUACCGGAGAUGGCUAAGGAAUAUGUUAUGUUCAUGAAAAGUGUAUUGCAUAGUGGAGAAGUUAUCCUAGGCGGUAUGCUAAUUCUGUAGUCCACCCAGAUUUGACGUAAAUUGUAUUAACACAGCUGUAGGCUGGUCUCUUGGUGGAUGUAUUGCUCUUGAGAUGGCAUUUGUAUUACAAGACCAGGGAGAUUUGAAGGUUAAAGGCCUGAUCAUGAUUGAUAGCAUAUACCCUAAGCAGAGGUCACGCCUGGUCGAGAUUCACAGUUUUGC